CCCAGUUCCAUUAUUUGCUUUUGCUGAUACACACUCCAUGGACGCAGAAGAAGAGAGUAUUAGAUUAGAGGUUCAAGAUGAUGGGGAUCAUGAGCUGCUCCUUCCUCCUCUCCUGGAUGCAAGUCUUUACACAGGUGAUGGGUCUGUUAACAUCAAAGGGCGUCCUGCAACAAGGCGCACCACAGGAAAUUGGCGAGCAUGCUUCUUCAUACUAGGGAAUGAGUGUUGUGAGCGUCUCGCCUACUAUGGAAUUGCGAAAAACCUAGUCACUUAUCUGAAAGUAAAGCUUCAUCAAGGCAAUCUUGAAGCUGCAAGAAAUGUUACCACUUGGACGGGGACAUGCUAUCUGACUCCCCUCAUUGGAGCCAUCUUAGCAGAUUCCUAUUGGGGAAAGUACUGGACUAUUGCAGUAUUUUCAUCAGUUUAUUUCACUGGUCUGGCAAUUUUAACGCUUUCAGCGUUGCUUCCAACACUUCAACCACCUGCAUGUUUAGGGUCUGUUUGUCCAGAAGCAAGCUUACUUCAGAAUGGCGCAUUUUUCCUGGGUCUCUAUAUGAUUGCCCUAGGGGCUGGAGGCAUUAAACCUUGUGUGUCACCCUUUGGGGCUGACCAAUUUGAUGACAGUGAUCCAACAGAGAGAGUAAAGCAGGUUUCCUACUUCAAUUGGGGCUAUUUCUGCAUAAAUAUUGGUUCAUUCACAUCGGGCACUCUUAUUGUUUGGAUACAAGAUAACUUGGGUUGGGGAAUUGGAUUUGCAAUACCUACUGUAUUUAUGGCAUUGGCUACCGCAAGCUUCUUUGCAGCCUCAAAUAUGUACAGAUAUCAGAAACCAGGUGGGAGCCCCCUUACCAGAGUGUGCCAGGUCGUUGUCGCGGCAUUCCGCAAGUGGCAUGUAGAAGCGCCACAUGAUACUUCUCUUCUUUAUGAAAUUGAUGGUCAAUAUUCAGCAAUAUUGGGAAGCCGCAAGCUGGAGCACACGAGCGAACUUGGAUUCCUUGACAAGGCUGCCAUCAUCUCAUCUGCUGAUGCCAAGACUGACCUUUUUACAAACCCAUGGAGAGUAUGCACAAUCACCCAGGUAGAAGAACUGAAGAUCCUCAUAAGAAUGUUCCCGAUCUGGGCGACUACUAUCACAUUCAGUGUGGUGUAUUCUCAGAACUCUUCCAUGUUCAUAGAGCAGGGAAUGGUUCUUGACAAGCAGGUUGGAUCUUUCAAUGUUCCUCCCGCGUCCCUCUCAACUUUCGAUGUAAUCAGUGUCAUGUUCUGGAUUCCACUUUAUGACCGGGUUAUCAUGCCUAUAGCUAGAAAGUACACUGGAAGGGAAAAGGGUUUCUCUGAGCUACAGCGGAUUGGCAUUGGAUUAUUCAUGUCCAUUGUUGCAAUGGCAUCUGCAGCUCUGGUUGAAUUGAAGCGGUUAGAGAUUGCCAGGUCUGAAGGUCUUAUUCAUGAGAAAGUUGCUGUUCCAAUGAGCAUUCUUUGGCAAAUACCACAAUAUUUCUUUCUUGGUGCUUCCGAGGUUUUCACUGUUAUUGGUCAACUUGAGUUCUUCUACAGUCAGGCCCCAGAUGCCAUGAGGAGUUUAUGUGCUGCACUUGCACUCCUUACGAUCUCAGUGGGUAGCUAUUUAAGCUCAGUCAUAUUGACCUCGGUGUCCUAUAUUACAACUCAAGGGGGAAAUCCUGGAUGGAUCCCAGAUAACCUAAAUGAAGGCCAUCUUGACCGGUUCUUUUGGUUGAUUGAAGGGAUCAGCUUUGUGAACUUGCUGGUUUAUAUUGGUUCUGCAAUGAGAUACAGAUACAAAAAUGUGUGAUGGUCAAAAUUACUGUCAGUCAGUUUAUUACUUGUAAUUUCAUAUUUCAUAUUCAUGGAAACAAUCAGCUGCCCUUCCUCAAGAAAGAGACUUGAAGUUGUGUUUUAUUUGCAA